UCCUACUGCGGCUGGGCACCCGCUCGGCUCCCGCGUCGGCCCGCGCUCCCGCUGCGCCUGGCCCGGCCCCGGCCCGGCUUGGCCCGGCUCCGGCCUCCGAGCUAAGGCGCUGCUGCCGCUGGGCCGCUCCCAGGGCCAUGAGGAGGCGGCGGCAGCCACUGCGGCCCGCGUCAAGGUGACCGGCCGGGACUGCGGCGGUGAGAAGAGCGGCCGGCGGGGCGGGCCCCUGAGGGCCGGGCCGGAGGGAGCUGCAGGACGGCUCCAGACGGGUUAUGUCGCCGGCAGAGGCUGCCCUGACGCUCCCUGCGGCCCGGAGACUAUGUACAAGAGGAAUGGUCUGAUGGCUAGCGUGUUGGUCACCUCUGCCACUCCACAGGGCAGCAGCUCAGACUCCCUGGAGGGCCAGAGCUGCGACUAUGCCAGCAAGAGCUACGACGCCGUUGUCUUCGACGUGCUGAAAGUGACCCCCGAGGAGUUUGCCAGCCAGAUCACGCUGAUGGACAUCCCCGUGUUUAAAGCCAUCCAGCCGGAGGAACUGGCCAGCUGUGGAUGGAGCAAGAAGGAGAAACAUAGCCUCGCCCCCAAUGUCGUGGCCUUUACCCGGAGGUUUAACCAGGUCAGUUUUUGGGUUGUACGAGAGAUUCUAACAGCACAGACUUUAAAAAUAAGGGCAGAAAUCCUGAGCCAUUUUGUGAAAAUAGCCAAGAAACUUCUAGAACUCAACAACCUUCAUUCGCUCAUGUCUGUGGUGUCAGCGUUGCAGAGCGCGCCCAUCUUCAGGCUGACCAAGACCUGGGCUCUUUUGAAUAGAAAAGACAAGACCACCUUUGAGAAACUGGACUACCUGAUGUCCAAAGAAGAUAACUACAAACGGACUCGGGAAUACAUCCGAAGCCUGAAGAUGGUGCCCAGCAUCCCCUAUCUAGGGAUCUAUCUCCUGGACUUAAUCUACAUUGACUCUGCAUACCCCGCCUCAGGCAGCAUCAUGGAGAACGAGCAAAGAUCCAACCAGAUGAACAAUAUUCUCCGGAUAAUUGCCGAUUUGCAAGUUUCCUGCAGCUACGAUCACCUCACGACCCUGCCCCACGUGCAGAAGUACCUGAAGUCCGUGCGGUACAUCGAGGAGCUCCAGAAGUUUGUGGAGGAUGACAACUACAAACUGUCGCUCAGAAUCGAACCAGGAAGCAGCUCUCCGAGACUCGUUUCUUCCAAGGAAGAUCUUGCAGGCCCCUCAGCAGGCUCCAGUUCGGCCAGAUUCAGCAGGAGGCCCACCUGUCCUGACGCGUCCGUGGCUGGCAGCCUCCCCACACCUCCAGUCCCCAGACACAGGAAGAGCCACAGCCUGGGCAACAAUAUGAUGUGUCAGUUGAGUGUAGUUGAGAGUAAGAGCGCAACGUUCCCGUCGGAGAAGGCCAGGCACCUGCUGGACGACAGCGUCCUAGAGUCCCGCAGCCCCCGCAGGGGCCUCACCCUCACCUCCUCCACCGCCGUCACCAAUGGACUCUCCCUAGGCAGUAGUGAGAGUUCAGAGUUUAGUGAAGAGGUGUCUGCAGGGCUGGAAAGCAGGGGACGUCUCUAUGCCACGCUGGGGCCUAACUGGCGGGUUCCGGUUCGGAAUUCUCCCAGGACCCGGAGCUGUGUCUACAGCCCCACAGGUCCCUGCAUCUGCACCCUGGGGAGCUCGACAGCCGUGCCCACCAUCGAGGGACCUCUGAGAAGGAAAACCCUGCUCAAGGAGGGCCGGAAGCCCGCGCUGUCCUCGUGGACCAGGUACUGGGUCAUUCUCUCAGGAUCCACCCUGCUGUACUACGGAGCCAAGUCCUUGCGGGGCACAGACCGGAAACACUACAAGUCCACGCCCGGCAAGAAGGUGUCCAUCGUGGGCUGGAUGGCGCAGCUGCCCGACGACCCCGCGCAUCCAGACGUCUUCCAGCUGAACAACCCUGACAAAGGCAAUGUUUACAAGUUCCAGACCGGCUCCCGAUUCCACGCAAUACUGUGGCACAAGCACCUGGACGACGCGUGUAAAAGCAACAGGCCUCAGGCGUUGUGCGAAAUACUUCACAUGCAGGAAUCGGCCGAGUCCUCCCCACGUCCCUCGGAGGUAGGUCCUCUCGCUGUGUCCGUUUCACUCUGAGGCUCCCAAGGCUCAGCAAGUGGCAGGCACUCGACCAAGGCCCCUCCGUUAGGGAGCGGUGGGGCUGGGACUCGGAACUUGAUGCCGUGACCCCUCUGCCUCUACUUCCCCCGCCCCACCCCGCUGCAGAUGAGCAAAAGGCCCUGAGAGAAGAGGCUGCGCCCAGCUCCUGCCUCGAGGCGGGCAGGCGGGACCCAGUGGGGCAGCGGAAGCAUCCACAAUGAUGGGAGGGAGCUGGGGUCGCUGGACCCCUGCCCUCGGCCUGUCUGGGGACUGAGCAGCAGGCAUGCGCUAGAUGGUGACAGCUUCCGCAGGAAGGGUGGGCAGCGGCUCCAAGGCCAGGGGACCUCAGCACAGGCGAGCUCACACCAGGUGUUUGGGUCCGGGAGGACAGGGACAGCACAGACUGCUUGGCCCCUCAAAGCAAUGCCUGUGGACAGGGGGAGGGCUCUAGGGGCAGGCCCCAGGGUCUGCGCCCAGGUCAGAGUCGCAUCUGUGAUGUGAUGAAGACAUGUGUGAGAAGCUGGUGGCGAUUAUAGAUUAUAGUCCUCAACAAACUAACACCGCAGGACAGGACCAGUCCAAGGAUAAACCUGUGAUCCCACAGGAGGCGGGGCUACACUGCAUUUGAGUCCCUGACUCACCCUUGUGACUGCUAGGAAUUCUUUUAAAGAUUUAUUUGUUUCUUUGAAAGUCAAAGUUAUGGGGGGGGAGGGGAGAUCUUCCAUCUGCUGGUUCACUCCCCAAUUGGCUACAAUGGCUGGGGCUGGGCCAGGCUGAAGCCAGGAGCCAGGAGCUUCAUCUGGGUCUCCCAUGUGGGUAGCCAGUGGGUCUCCCAUGUGGGCCAUCCUCCGCUACUUUCCCAGGCCAUUGGCAAGGAGCUGGAUCAGAAGUAGA